AUGUAUGUAUUGGUGCUUAUUCAUAUGUGUUACCAUUUUACAAUGAAGAGAAAAAAGUUGUUUGUAUAUUUUAUUUUUUUGUCAUUUAUUAUUAAUUUUAAUUUUAAUAUUAAUAUCAAUUUUGUGUGUAGCAAUGUGAUUCAAGAUGUUAUAAGCAUUGGUAAUGUAGACAUCUGUGUAGUGAAUGUAAAUUCAGAUGAAGCUCAAGAAUGCAUAUUGAAUAAUGAAUUUGGGAAGUUGUUAUUAUUUGUGUGUAAUAUGAAUGAUGCUUUUAGUACUACGGCAAAAACUCACCCAGAAAAUUGCCCUUCUAGAGCCUUUGUUAAUCAAAGUAAUCCAACCGAAAAUUCCCCCGAGGUUGAUACUUAUAGUAUUUAUCCGAAUUUAUUUGGUACGAACGAAAACAGAUUAAAUGACACAUAUAGUUUAUAUAGUACUCCUUAUUCAAAUAUGGAUAUUGAUUUUAGUUGCUUGUGUUACGGAGAUAAACAAGACAAAGUAAAACAUAUAAUGAGAAUAAAUAUAAAAAAAACAAGGAAAAAAAUUAAGGGUUGUGAUUUUGGUGAUAAUAUACCUUCCAAAAGGGAUCUAACUAAUAGUUUAAGUUUGAAUGAACGAUCUAGUUGUAUUAUUCAUGCUUAUUCAAAUGAUGUAUUGGGCAUAAAUUGUUUUAAAAAAGAAAUUAAUAAUUCUUAUAAUAAUAAUUUAGAAUUAAAUCCUAGUAAUUGUUUUCAUGAUGUUUAUUUUGGAGCUGAUCUUAUAUUAAAUUCUAAAAAUGUAAUACCUAAUUCUAGAGUUAUCCCUGACCCUUCAUCAGAUGUCAAAUUAUCUAGAAAUCAUUCUUUUUCUUCCUAUUUAAUAUUACCGAAUAAUUUAACUGAAAAUAUUAAAAUUAGCUGUACAUGUAAACGAGAUGAAUUCGUUGGUACCAUGAUCAUUUACACAAAAAAUAUUAACAGCUUAAUGUUUGAUAAUAAUAAUAAUAAUAAUGAUGAAGAACAGAUUUUUCAAAAUAAAUAUAUGAAAAAAAAAGAAUAUAAAAAGGAUGAAGGAAAUGAAUAUGAUAAAAAAAUGAAUACAGAUGAUAAUUAUAUAAAUAAUGAGGAACAUCAUAAUAACAAUCAAUAUAAUAAUUAUGAAAAUAAAAUUAAUAAUGUAAAUUAUAAUUAUGAUGAUAUUUCCAAAUAUAUAAAUGAACAUUAUAAAAAUUAUGACCAUGAAAAAAAUUCUAAAAAUAGUUAUAAAACUAAUACAAAUAUUCACGAUCAAUAUGAUACAUAUCAUUAUAAUAAUAAAUAUGAUUUACAUUCUGAUAGAACAAGAAUACGAACAAGAACAUUCUGGCAAAAUCUUUUUGGAUUAUCUUCUUCUAAAUAUAUAUUAUUUAAUAAUUUCUUAAUAUUAUUCAUAUUUUUAAUAUAUAUAUAUUCAACAUAA